AUGAAUUUGCCUACGGGGGGAGGUCCACGGAGUGAGCUAGAUAGCAAGAAAACACAAAAGAAACUGAACUCGUUGGCAACAUGUCCAGCUUAUGAACAUGCGGUUGCAGCUGCUCUUCGUGGAGCAACAGUAAGGCUACAGCCACCAACUUCUCCCGUGGCUGACAAUUCUGCUGCUGCAGCAGCAGCAGAAACAGCAGCACAGUCUGACCGUCGGCUGUAUCGGGCCUGGCCCGCUUUAGAAAGAGAGGGCAAAAAGAUAGCCGCCAACUUGCGCGCUGAAUGGGUUCCGCUUGAAGGCCAUCUUGAGGGUUUCCUUGAGAAGGCAUCUCGAAGAACUGCCGAAGAACCCCCAGCAAGAACUUGUGCAGGAACUCCUAAAGGGUCUUUGAGUUUCCGAGUGAUACAUUUGUUCACAGUUGUGCGGGAGGCAGCGGUGGAGGUCGGUUCUUGCAUUCCAAGUGCUUCGGAGGGAAGCCACCAGCAUGCAGUUUACCUGCGUUUUCUGCCGCAGCAGCAGCAAAGCUCCCAGCAGCAAGCCUUGCAGCAUGGCUGCUGCUGCGGGCUGCACAGGUCUUUUGGUAUUUGCCACCACGUGGCGGCAUUGUUGCUGCUGCUGUCUUGCACCAAUGUAGAAGCUAGCCGGGCCACUGCCAGUGCUGCUGCAGAUGUUUCUGCUGCACAUUAUGAUGCAGCUGCAGCACCUGCUGCUGAGUCCACUCAGGCUGCUGCAGCACAAGCCUUUGGCUCCCCUUUAGGAUCAACACUGCCCCCGACGCAGCCCCUGCUUCGGGAAACGGGAACAGAGCCUUCUUAUUUCCAUUGUAGUGAACAGACACUGAGGGUAAGCGAGGCCGUGGCGCCCGCAGCUGCUGCGCCCACAGCAGGAACGGCAGCAGCAGCAGCAGCCACGGCAGCAGGUGCACGGGAAGCAGCAUUGUCCGCUGUAGGGAACACAAGUGCAGCUGCAGCUGCAGCUGCAGCAGCUGCUGCUGCUGCUGCUGCAGCUCCAGAAGUGGAGGCAGCCAGUGACGGCGCAUCGCGAGAGUGGCCUCCCACCACCGCCGCUGCAGCAGCAAUAGCAGCAGCGCAGCAGGAAGCCGAUUUUGACACUGCCAAGGACGACGUCGCAGCUGCUGCUUCCUGUUUUCCCUCUCCUGGUUCCCCCAAUUUAUUGGAAGACACUGCCACUGCAGAGGCAGAAGCAGCAGCCGCAGCAACAGCAGAUGCAGCGGAAGCAGCAACAGCAGAUGCGCCUCCAGUAGAAAUGGAGGGGUGUCAUGCUGACUUAUGGUCAUUUGAUGAUAUCGAAAGUGACGUCAAUGAUCUCCAGUCUCAAAACAACAGCAGCAGUGGCAGCCGCAGGCGCAGCAGCAACAAUAGCAGCUGCUGCGGCGGCUUAAGUGUAUGGAAGGUUCUAAGCCGACAGCAUGCACUGGGGAAGGCAGCAGCAACGCCUCUUGCCCAACGCCGGAGCAGUUUACUUUCGAAGAGGGACAGCAACUGCAGCAACUGCAGCAGCAAAAGCAGCGGCGGCAAAAGACGCAGAAGCAGCUGCAGCAAACUGCAGGAAGACCUGCUGCUCAGCCCAGUCACCUGCAGGCAUCAGCCGCGGAGAAUUAAGAGUGGUCUUUUCAUAACAGACCCGUCCAGGGCCCAGAUGCAGCAGCAGCAGGAGCAAAACCCGCAGCAGCAGGUCACCCUUCCCUUGGCGUGCUGUUACCGCAGACUCUCCGAUAAUGUGCAGUGCAGCAGCAGACACGCCCCACAAAACCCAGAAAAGAACAGCAGCAAAGAGUGGCCUCCCUUUGCAAGGCUGCAGGGGUACCCUGCAAGCGACCAGCAAGCCCCGAGGGCCAGCGCAAACAAUCCACGCCCCCCCUGGGGCCCCUAA